CAGACAUAUUUUGGUUGUUUGCAUUGGCACCUUUCAACAUGUCAUUGAUCACGUGCUGCUGAUAAAGUGAUACAGGCAUCCGCACACUGCUUAGAAGUUUACUGCUUAGCGAUUUGGACGCAUGCCGCGUAGCUCCGGGUAUCAAACGUAACAUCCCUACCGAAAAGUUUACAAAACAAAAAGGAGCAAGCUGGUAUGAUUUUCAAAACUCAUGCUUCCUACACUUUAACUUGUCUGAAAAUGUAAUAUACAUUUUACUCAACUGCGUUACCCACUCCAGUCAGCAGAUGGCGAAGUGAGACUUUAAGUCAAUGCUGUUGGUGUGACGUAUAAUCUAGUGGACGGAACGCUUCUUUAAACAGCAGCAACCGUUCGUCACCCACCUCGGUAGCUUGCUAUACAAAAUAUCCGAACCAAUAAAGCUCUUUAGACGCUUUAGUGUAUAUUAGCAACGGUGUUUUAAACCCACUUAUGUCCUCUAGUUAAUUAUCCGAUUUAAUUUAAUAUUUACGGUGUUGUUAUUAUUCAGCUAACAAGCUGGUUAAGUUAGCAUUAGCCUAGCUAGCUAACAUCCCCGACCAUGCGGUCACUAAGCUACUCUCCUAAAGAAGAGGUGGGUAUCACAGUAAAACAAGAAGUAGAGGGUGAGGCCGUUACUGUGAAAGAAGAGGAAGACACGUUCAGAGUGAAAGAGGAGGAGGAUGCAUUUUAUGGAUUGAAAGAGGAAGAGGUGGAGAUGACUGUCACAUCCACAAAAAAGGAGGAAGAAGAGAAGGAACCUGGAUAUCUGGGCCCGGUUUCCCAAACGCAUCUUAAGGUGUCUGAUGGUUCUAACGGUGAAUUGAGAAACCGUUCCAUGAUUAACACUAGAGAGAGACGGGACUAUUGUGGAUCCUCUGGGGAGCCUCAACAACAUCAUGAUGCUGAUGAGGCAGAGAAAAGUAUCUCCAGAUCAGAACACCUGAAGAAACACCCGCAGAGACCCUCAUGGAAGAGAACUCACAUCUGCUCUGACUGUGGGAAACAUUUCAAAUUUUCAUAUGAACUUAAAAUACACCAGAGAACACACACAGAAGAGAAACCUUAUAGCUGUGCUCAAUGUGGGAAGAGUUUUACUACAUCUUGCAAGCGGACUAGACACCAGAGAACACACACAGGAGAGAAAUCUUAUAGCUGUACUCAAUGUGGGAAGAGUUUUUCUCAGUCAACCACCCUGAUAUCACACCAGAGAACACACACAGGAGAGAAACCUUAUAGCUGUGCUCAAUGUGGGAAGAGUUUUUCUCAGUCAACCACCCUGAUAUCACACCAGAGAACACACACAGGAGAGAAACCUUAUAGCUGUGUUCAAUGUGGGAAGAGUUUUUCUACAUCUUGCAAGCUGACUAGACACCAGAGAACACACACAGGAGAGAGACCGUAUAGCUGUACUCAAUGUGGGAAGAGUUUUUCUCAGUCAACCACCCUGAUAGCACACCAGAGAACACACACAGGAGAGAAACCUUAUAGCUGUGCUCAAUGUGGGAAGAGUUUUACUACAUCUAGCAACUGGUAUAGACACCGGAGAACACACACCGGAGAGAAAUUGUAUAGCUGUACUGAAUGUGGGAAGAGUUUUUCUCAGUCAACCACCCUUACAUCACACCAGAGAACACACACGGGAGAGAAACCUUAUAGCUGUGUUCAAUGUGGGAAGAGUUUUGCUACAUCUUACAAGCUGACUAGACACCAGAGAACACACACAGGAGAGAAAUCGUAUAGCUGUACUCAAUGUGGGAAGAGGUUUUCUCAGUCAACCAGCUUGAUAUCACACCAGAGAAAACACACACAGGAGAGAAAUCUCAUAGCAUUGCUCAAUGUGGGAAGAGUUUUGCUACGUUUAGCAAGCGGACUACACAACCUGUAACACACACAGGAGAGAAUUCUCAGCUGUGAUCAGUGUUUGUCCUUGAUAAAAUACCUCUGAUCAAACAUCAGAAAAUACAUGGUGUUGUUUCAUGAUAUCAAUUAAUUAAUGUCACAGUGUAGAACGUUUCAACAUUGUAGUAGGAGUAUUUUAGUCAUGUCACGAUGUUGAACCCUAAAAGUUUGCCCCUUUUCUAUUGAUUUGAACUUGAUAGGGAUGUUAGCUUCAUGGAAAAUUCAGGCUCUGAAUUGAAAGAGUACUAUUUAUGUGAUUUAACAAAAAUUGACGAGUUGUGUUACACUUACGACGUUGAUGACCCACUUGAGUAAAAAAAGCGACACUUCAAAAUGUAGCUAGCUGUUUUCUACAAAUUGUCCUCUAACCAGGGAUGUACACAUUACACUCAGAUUCUGUGUGGUUUUUGAGCUGUUAGUUUUAACAGGACGCGUAACCUCCUCUCCCUCCUGUCGCACACUUGAUUUCAACAUGAUAUUGAGGAGUUAUGACAAAUAAGUGUUGUGUUCCUUUGUUUAGCGACCCCUACAUUAUUUAAAUGCAUCUCUCCAAAAUGUUGCUGACUGUCUUCUGCAGGUUGUCCUCUAACCAGUGAGGUAAAAGAUAUCUCCCAUUUCCAUGUGUUUUGUUUUUUAGUUGUGUUAGUUUCAACAGAACGAGCAACCUGAUUUCCCCCCCCCCCCCCCCCCCAAUUGAUAUCAGUGAUUUAUUGCUACUUGUCAAAACAGCGUUUCUGGUGCUUGUGCAGUUUAUAAGGAGUUUGUUUAAAAAAAUACAAGUAAUGUGAUUAUUGUGGCAGAUUUUUGUGUAAAUAGCCCAUUUUAUGUUUAGGUUUUUAAAUUAUCACAAACUUUUUCUGCAUAUUGUUUAUUGAUUUAGACACAUUAAAACUGUUUUGACAUUGGGGCUAUCCCACUUAGCAAAAUGUAAUUGAAAAGAUGUUGAAAAUAAGACUAUGCAACCAAAUAUUUCAUAUUCACAGUUCAUGUAACAUUUAGUAAUCAUAAUUAUUUAUGUAACCAACUGCAUUUUUUUGGGCUACAAUUAUAUUGACAUUGAACCCUGAUAUUCUAAGCAGGGAAACAUUCUCAGAUGUGCCAACCCAAAUGUACUAGAGCGUGACUGGGACCCGAUCCAACAAUAUGCCUUUCUAGUGAACCCUGAAAAGAAAGAGAAGCUCCGCCGUGAGUUGGGAAGUUACUACGGAUAUUGCAGGAGUUUCCUCUUGAAAUCAGACAUGUCCUUGGUAACGACAACUUGGUUGUUGAUUGUCCCAAGGGUGGGCAGUCCAAAAAGUGUUGUUUUGCGCUUAGCCAGUGAGUUGCCAUGGAUCACAAUUGAUUUUGACUGCACGUUUUCCGUAUUGGAAAUUAUUUUAGUUUGGGCUCAUUCCAAGGGGGCGGGACUUCUAGAAGCUAGUGGGGGAAACAUUUUUGUCUUGUUUUUAAUUGUUGAUAGCCAGUAGACACCAUGUUUAUAUUGGUGAAGGAUUGUAGUUGAUUAUAAUGUGUAAUUGAAGUUGUUUUAUGUUGGUGGUAAGCAUUCUCUUAUUAAGAGGGAAGGUGUUAGUCUUUAGUUUUUCCAUUUAUGUUUUGAGGUUGGACUUUCACCUGUAGAGCUCGUUAGCACGUAGGUUGCACGGAUUGGGGUCACCUCGUUAGUCAGUAUGUCUUACACCUGUGCUGGCUUGUCCAUCUCGUUAGUGGGAAGGUGUUUCACCUGAGGUGGUCCAGGUUCUAUUUAAGAGUGUCUGGCCCAGUGCUCCAGUUUUCUUGAUACACCUUUAGUUGCGCCACCUAUUUGGUUUGCGUCCCUUUUUUACAUUUGUUGUGAGUUUUUCUUCUGUUUGCCUCUUCUUGGGCAGAUUUAGUGGGUCUCGUGGUGGGUGUCUUUUUGGUCCCAGUUGUUGUUACUAGUCAACUUUCAGUGAACACAGAGCAAAACCGCAACAUUAUGUUAUAAUACUUUUAUUGCAUCAAAUGGUUGUUUUAUGCAACAGAAUAGAGGAGUCUUGUAACUAUAGUGUCUGUGUUCUACUGAGGAUGGGCCUCUGGGAGAAAACAAUGACAGAGAUUUACAAUGUCUUUUGGUGAUAAAACCUAAAGAGACCGCAUUCCAGAGCAUGAGUUAAUGUUUCUGUUCUAUAUGGUACCAGGGAGAGAUGAACCCAGGGCCAGACCCUGUAGCAAAGAGUACUGUUUUUACAUCAGAUACUUAUAAUUCUCAGCAGACAGUAUCUUUCAUACAAAUCUUAACCUUGUGACCCGUUCUAUACAUCUGUUGUUUGUCAUGUAGGUUGAAAGGGGUGCAUCUUGGCUAUAAAAGACCUUUGUACUUUUGUAUCGGGGCUCUCAACGAAUCAUCUGGGGGUGAUUCGUCGACCAGCCAUCAUUAUCGUAGACCACUCAAUUGAUUAACUUUGUGUACGUUGUCUUGACCUGCUCCCUUAUUAUUAAGUGAAUAAAGAUUUAGUUCAAGUAUAACUGAUACGUGAUACGUUUGUCACCUCAUUUGAUAUGAAAGAAAUCAACAACCACAUUUGGCGAUGAGGGCGUGAAUCUUGACUUGGUGACUGACGACCUGGCUAAAUGGUGCACGAGAAAUCCCUCUAACUUGGGAUUUCAGGGAGUCCACACUUCGGGAAUGGAGCAGAUGAACCCACCUUUGAUCUGAGUGGAUACCACAGCUCGAACCUAGUUUUUUUUUUCAAUAAAGAGGUGAGUGAAACACGCAAAGUGUCGUUUUUAGAAAAGACUCAGGCUCUGAGUGUGUAUUCCUGUGUGGAGGUGUAGGCCGUCACAAGGCUGAGGCUGAGUCAGCUAUCUGUAAUUAUUUUUAACAUUUACUUGUUUUAAACCUGUACCCCAUUUUAGAAGUAUUAAAACAUGUAAAUGUAUGAGUUGCAUUAUCCUAGGAACUAACCAGAAAUGUGAAAAUAUUCCUGCAGGUUAAAAUAUUGUUGAAAACAACUAAUUGAUUAGGUAUGUUUGGGAAUAGCAUUGCAUCACUGUGGAAAUUAGUCUUAAUCUGACAUUUGGAUAGUAACAUAUAGAAAUAUGCUUAAUCGGAUGAUUGAAACCAUUUUGUUUCUGGUGUCCUUUGAC